UCGAAACCGUGUGUGUGGAAAACAAUCGCUGAAAAUAAAUAAACGCGCUGCAGACGGGAACACGGGCAAAUGAUAAGAUUUCAACAAAUAACAAAUCACAUUUGUGUUGUUUAGUGAAGAGAUGUCAAUUGGCUGCAAACAAUGGCAACAAUGUUAAAAAUAAUUAAUGUUUGUAUAAUUUUAUUGAUUGCACUGCCAAUUCUCAAUGCGAAGAAAGUGCAAACAAUUGAAUUAACCAAGGGCUGGACUUUGCGAGACAGUGAUUCCCUUAUUACAGUAGUUCCCGUGGAAGUGACAAAGAUACCCUCUGGAGUAUACACGGAGUUAUCAAAAACCUAUGGCGAUUUCCUAGCGCCUGGCAAUGAUGUCAAUCUACGCUGGAUUGCAAACAAAACAUGGAUCUAUAGCACAAGCUUCGAAAUGGCUGAACUGGGUCAGGACAGUAUGGUGAACUUGACAUUCCACGGCAUUGAUACGGUGUCCAAAAUUAGGUUGAAUGGCAAUCUGCUUGGUGAAACUGAUAACAUGUUUGUGCGCUAUUCCUAUGUCGUGGGACAUUUGUUGCAGUACGGCAGCGCACUCAAUCUCCUAGAGAUCGAAAUACUCUCGCCUUUGGUGGAGGCCAAUGCUCGGGCAGCGCAGCUGGAGGAACGUGGAGCUGGUGCUCCACCCAGUUGUCCAGCAUCGCGCGGAAAUGUUGAAUGCCAUCGCAAUAUGCUGCGCAAGCUGCAAAUGAGUUUUGGCGGCGAAUGGAAUCCGGCUGCUCUUUCAUCGGGCAUAUGGAAAUCGGUUACUGUUGAAUACUAUGCUGUGGCCAUUUUGCGUGAUGUGGAUGUGGCUAUCAAUCGUAAUGAUACCCACUGGACAAUGGAUUGUCGUGCCUUUAUCAGUACCUCCGACUACGAGAUCUUCUACGGACAGCUUGUGGUCUAUGCCAGUGAAUUAUUUGCGGAACCCUUUGUGGUGCCCCAACAAAAGCUCACCUAUGCUAAUCCGAAAAUUGAAUUCCAGAUUCAUAUACCCAAAGCAAAAGUUAAGCUCUGGUGGCCAAAUGGAUAUGGCAAUCAGAUGCUAUAUCCCGUUUCUUUCAAUCUGAAGACAUAUCGCAACGAGGAUGAACCCGGCCUGGGUUCACGCACCGACUCCCAUAAGCUGCUCAAUAUUGGUUUUCGCACCAUUGAGUUGGUGGAGGAUGAGGAUGACCGAGGUCGCACCUUUUAUUUCCGUGUUAAUGGUUAUCCCAUUUUUAUGAAGGGCGUUAAUUAUGUGACAGCUAAUGCACUGCCAGAACUAUCAGCGGAUUCUGAUACAAUACAACAUCUUUUGAAGUCCGCCAGAGAUGCCAACAUGAACAUGAUACGUGUUUGGGGCGGUGGACUUUAUGAGUCAGACACCUUUUAUAGCUUGGCCGAUAGCUAUGGCCUUUUGAUCUGGCAGGAUAUGGCUUUCACCAAGGCCACUUAUCCGGUUACCGAUGAACUGAUGGCUUGCAUGAGAGAGGAGGCAGCACAGAAUGCCCAGCGACUCGCCUAUCACGCCAGUCUUUCGCUGAUUGUAACCAACAAUGAGAUCGAGUUGUAUCUGGUGAAGAAUCGUUCGGAUUUUGGCACCGAUGCGAAGCGUCUGGAAGACGAGUAUAAGUUGCUCUUCUUGGGCAAUCUUUCGCCAGAACUAAACAUUAUUUCUCGCAACGAUUUCAAACCUCGUCCUGGCCCAAUGAUCUCCACACCCUCGAUGGGCAUAGCUGAGUCGGGCAAGGAGCUGGCCAAGGAUCCACAAAGUCCCAAUUAUGGUGAUGUUCACUUUUAUGAGGAAGACACUCCAUCGCAAACUAUUUAUCCGGAGGCUCGUUUCGUGUCGGAAUUUGGUUACGCCAGUCUGCCAAUGCGUUCGAGUUGGCUGCGUGAUCUCGGCCAGAAUGCCACAGAGGAGAGCUUGGCUGCUCUCAUUCGACAGCGUCAGCAUGAUACUAAAGGAUUUAUUCCACUAUUGCGACAAAUUGCUUACGAGCUGCCAUUUAAUCUGCAGAACUGGGAGGAUAACAUCGAUGAGUUCAUCUACUUCAGUCAGGUGGCUCAGGCAAUGUCCACUAAGAAGGCAGUUGAACUGUUUCGCAGUCGUCGUGGCGAUUAUUUGACCAUGGGUGCUCUCAUCUGGCAGUUGAAUGAUGUUUGGGUAGCUCCGACUUGGUCUUGCAUUGAUUAUUAUGGCAACUAUAAGUUGGUUUACUUUUGGGCCAAGGAAUUCUUUGCUUCUACAAGUAUUUUGGCGCUUUAUCAUGAGGCCAGCAAUCAAAUCAAUAUAACUAUCACUAGGGAAGAUUAUUCAGAUGAUCAACCAAAGACAUAUAAUCUCUUUAUCAACACAUUCCUCUGGAACGAUAUAUAUCCCAAAUCUUCAAUUGCACGCGCUAUAUCUGUUGGCGUUCACGCGAGUUCUUUGGAUCAACUACGCAUACCACUUGACUCUGUGCUUUAUGAAUCGAAAGCAAAGACAGAAAUCUUUCUCGAAAUUCUUUUGAAAGAUGAAGAUGAUACGAUUGUUGCCCAAAAUUAUUUCUAUCCUGUACCCAUUAAGAAUAUUGUGGGCAUUAGUGAUCCCGAACUGAAAAUCGAAAUCCAUCGAGGCGAUUGUGCAUCUUCGAAGCCUUACCUUAACAACUUCAGUUUACGCAUAACUGUCAGGUAUCCAACAUUGUUUAUCUAUUUGGAGCUUGUUCAUGAGACCUACACAGAAGUUCGUCACGAGUUCUCAAUGAAUGGAUUCACACAGACGGUACCACGCCAAAUCGUCACAUUGAAUAUUGACGAAGAUUCCGAGUGCAUAAAACUAACUUCAGAUAAUAUAAGAGUCAAGACCAUGAAUCAGUAUAUGGUAUAAGGUAUAUAUGCUUGACCAAUAAAUAAUCCCCUGCUGUUGCUUAAUAAAGAUGCUUUGCUUUAAUGGUGUAAUGGAAA